AUGGGCAUCACAAAAUCCAACAAAGUUAAGCAGAUUAUGAAGAGAUGCACAAGAAUAGUGAAGAAAGAAAGCUUUGGUGAGAUUGAAGAAGGACUGCCAAUGGAUGUGCCAAGAGGCCAUUUUGCAGUGUACGUGGGCGAGAACAGAACCAGAUAUAUCGUUCCUAUUUCGUAUCUAAGCAACCCUCAAUUUCAGAGCCUCUUGCAGCAAGCAGAAGAGGAGUUUGGCUUUGAUCAUGGGAGUGGCCUUAGUAUUCCAUGUGAUGAAGAGGUUUUUGAGUAUCUAGUGUCUAUGAUUAAUUAA